CACCCCACGUGCGUUCACGUGUCAGACCACUCCUUUAGCAAUUUAGCAUGGCGUCUUGUAGCUCAGCUGGAGUUGAUGAAGAUCAGUUGGGAGAAGGAGAUGUGGUUCAGAAACCGUCAAAAAUACCAAAGACUUCGAUAUGGGACACAACUGACGAAGAAUCCAUUCAAUCACAGUUAAUAAUGAGUGUCCUGUACAAUGGUGGCUGCUUGGGUUUGUCCUAUUAUGACACUGAGUCUGGCCAGUUGUGUAUAAUGCUGGAUGUAGCUGAAACUAAAGACUAUGAGAUCCUUAAACGAGUUAUAAUGCAAGUGGAGCCAAGCGUUAUAUUAACUAGCUCUAAACAAGACGAAAACAUGCAACAGAUACUGAAAGACUGUUCUAGUCCUGAGGGAGAUACUGGUAGUAUAUUUGCUUUUAGUAUUUCAGUUGAAGUUCUUCCAAGUGUUGAAUUUAAGUAUGAAACUGCUCAUCGUCGCAUUAUGUCUUACUCAUGGCCCGGAGUACAAGGGGCGGGUACUGGUGAGGGUAGGGCUGAGGGUAUUGAGAAAGAGAGAGAAGUUAGGAUAUCAUCAAUCAUACCAAUGGACUCCAGUAAUAUGGUGAGGAGUACUGGUGCUUUAUUGAAGUACUUGGAUAAGAAAAGGAUUGGGAUAGAGCUUGAAGACAUAGGGACCCACGUACCCAUACUGUCUGUCAAGAGAUUCACACUAGAUGAUUUACUCCUGAUGGAUGAAACAGCUUUUAGCUCAUUGAGGAUAUUUUAUAGAGAGAAUCACCCAUCAGUGUAUAAAGGAUCGUCUGGUUCUAAAGAAGGACUCUCAUUAUUUGGUAUUGCUAAUCACACAAGGUCAUCUCUGGGACAUAAACUUUUAAAGUUGUGGUUCCUACGUCCUUUGAAAGAUAUUGGCACAUUGUCCAAGCGUCUUGAUGCUAUUGAGUACCUCUCAUUGAUCAAGAACAAUGAAACUGUCGCUUCUUUAACUGAUUGCCUCAAGAACAUUAAAAAUAUACCGAGGAUUCUUGUUCGUAUGUCUCAGUCACAUUUAAGCAUCACUGAUUGGCAGUCUUUAUAUAAAACAACUUUUAAUGCUAUUAACAUUUGUGAGCUGUGCUCUACGCUACCACAAAAUAUAUACAUAUUUAAAAAGAUUAAAGGUGUGCUUUCUGAUGGCUUGUAUCAAAUUGCUAGUCUCAUUACUAAAGUGGUUGAUUUUGAAGAAUCAGUAGCACAGAAUAGGUUUGUGGUCAAGUAUGGUGUUAACUCUGACCUUGAUGAAAAGAAGCAUACAUUUGAUGGCUUGACUGAUCUCAUGACUAAAGUUGCUGCUACUGAGUUGGCUGGUCUUGACCCAGAAGUGAAGGAAUGCCAAGUCAUUUAUGUACCACAAAUUGGGUUUCUGUUGAGGUUUGAGAAGGUCUCUUGGAUGAAACAAGAACCUGACUUUCACAUUAAAGACAUGACAUUUGCUUUCCUGUCAGAAGGACAUGUUCACUACAGGACAAAAGCCACAAUAGAAUUAGAUGAUUUGCUUGGUGAUACUCAGUGGGAUAUUCACGAUGCAGAGACUGCAAUGAUGCACAGACUUCAGUCAGUGUUAAUGGAGCACUCUGGAGCUUUGAUAUCAGUCAUUGAAUGUACUACUGAACUAGACUGUUUGGUAUCGAUGUCAAAAUUAGCAAAGGAGCAUAAUUUUGUAAAGCCAGAGCUAACUGAAGAUAACGUCAUUUAUAUUAAGAAUGGAAGGCAUCCAUUGCAGGAGUUGUGUGUCAAUACUUUUGUCCCUAAUGAUACCGUAUCGGAUUCAGCCCAUGGAACAAUGAAGAUAUUAACUGGAGCUAACGCUAGUGGAAAGAGCGUCUACCUUACACAAGUUGGCUUGAUAGUGUAUUUGGCUCACAUUGGAAGCUUUGUUCCUGCUGAAGCUGCUAAGAUUGGUAUAAUGGAUGGUAUAUUCACGCGUGUACAAACAAGAGAGUCAGUAUCUAUUGCUCAGUCCACAUUCCUCAUUGAUAUUAACCAGGUAUCAACAGCAGUUCAGUGUGGCACUCAUCGCUCAUUGAUACUGUUAGAUGAAUUUGGUAAAGGAACUGCCACUGUGGAUGGUCUAGCAUUGCUGGCAGCUGUUCUUCGCCAUUGGCUAAAGAAAGAGGAGGAGUGUCCUCACAUUUUAGUAUCAACUCAUUUUCAUUCUCUACUGGAUCAAAAACUCUUACCUGAUUCUGAGCUGAUUGAAUAUUUAACUAUGGAUACCAUUAAUGAUAAAGGUGAGCUGGUGUUUCUCUAUCAGUUGGUCCCAGGUAAAAGUGAUACCAGUCAUGCUUGUCACAUUGCUGCUACUGUCGGCUUACCUCCCGAGAUCAUAGAAAGAGCUCAAAAGGUAUCGCAGCAGAUUCGUUGUAAUGAGCCAGUAACUCAAAUUAAUGAUGCUAAUACAGAAGCCAAGACUAAAGUCUGUAUUGAUAUAGUAAAUCGAUUUAUGGAGCUUGAUCUAGAGAAAGAUGAUGUCGUAGGAUUUUUACAAGAUUACGUACUCCCAACUGCAAAAGAUAUUAUAUGAAAACAAAUUUAGCACAUGCAGUCACAAGAUCAUGUAAAUUAGUAGCUUUGUAAUAUUUAUCAUGAACAUAACCAUUACUAGAGACAACUUUUUACAAAGACAUUUUAUAUUGCUCUAAUACUAUUAUUAACAGCGAAUCUAAUCUAGAUUUAUAUAAA